AGAGCGAACUACUCAUUGACUAUGUAAUCAUUUUCGAAACAUAAAUAUGAAUUUCAUUCGCUGUUAAUUCGUUAAACAAAGAAAACUUUAAAACGUUUCUUUACACACUUAUUUACAUAAUGAAAGUAUAUGACCAGGUCAUCUUCACGGAUGAGCUCUUGCACCACAGAACUGUGGGCACCCUGAAGGAGACACGGCGUAACUGGGAUAAGCGGUGUUCCUGGUUUCCGGUUGCCCAGAGGGCUGUGUAUGCAAGGUAUUCUGAAAUUUAUGAGGAGUGCCUGGAGAAGUAUGGCAACGAUCACUAUGAGUUCUAUGCAAAAAGAAAUCAUCUUAGGGAAGAGUAUAGGCGUAAUACCAAAUCAUAUAAAGAUCGGGAAAAGAGAAAGUCGGAAAGAUCAAUGGACCACUUAAAGGGCUACAAGACAUACCCUACUUCAAAUGGGCAAUAUGGAAGUGUACAAGCCCAUGCAACUCUUUCACUGCUUCUAAAUCUCUUUCUGAACUUGUUAAAAUCUCCAUCACGUAAUUUGAAAAGUCCAAGUUAGGCAGUAAUUGUUAAAUUAUAGUAUCAUUAAACUGUAUUUUUCGAAACCUUUAUAUUCUUUUGCAUACAUUUGUGUGUUAAGACUGUUGUUUUUAGCCUCCUAAAGGGUACAUUUUUUAUGAUUUUUAAGAACAAUUCUCUAAGCGAACAGGGUACCCUUCGCCUUUUUAGUCACUUUAGAAAAUAACAACUUGCAGUUAACAGGUGUUAGCCACACAACAAAAAAACUAAAAAUAAAAUAAAAAAUAUAAAAUAAAGCAAACCAACAAAACUUCCUCUUACACAUACCGAAAAAAUGAAGAUAUAUGAGGAGGUAAUAUUCACAGACCAACUGCUGCACCAAAGAACCGUGGGCAGCCAAAUCGAGGAGACUCGCCGAACUUGGGAGAAGCUGUGCUCUUGGUAUCCGGAGGCUCAAAGACAGCAUUACGAGCAAUAUGCCGAGAUUUACAGAGACAGUCUAAAGAAGUACGGAAACAAUCAUUUUGAGUACUAUGCGAAUAGAAAUCGCCUCAGAGAAAAGCAUAGGUACUAUACCCGUUCGUUCGAAGAGCGACGCUCGAAGAUCAAAUAUUUUUCUAUGGAUCAUUUAAUCUUUUAUAAGGCACCCCGUACUUCCAAUGCGGAAUAUGGAAGUGUUAAACCAAUGCGUCUAUUCAAGAUUUAUUAGAAAUUUUAUGGAAUCUGAAAUUCAAAUUUAUGUUGGCAGACAAGUUUUGGAACAAGAGAACACUAUACGGUUUAGUACAGUAACGAAGCCUAUGAAGAUGUACAUUAAAGACCUAAGAAAAGUAUUUAAAUUCCUGUGAGGUGUAACUGAUAGUCUCCAAUAAAUAAAACUAUAUUAAUACA